AUGUCAGACAUGGAGGAGGUCACCGAGGAGUAUGAGCAGGAGCAGGAAGGUCAGGAAGAGCAGGUAGAGGAGGCGGAGGAGGAGACCACAGAAGCCAAGGCAGAAGAGCAAGAAGAUGAAACGAAAGCAGCAGGAGAAGGUGGAGAGGGAGACCGGGAGCAGGAGCCUGGGGAAGGUGAAUCGAAGCCAAAACCCAAGGUGUUCAUGCCCAACCUGGUGCCUCCCAAGAUCCCAGAUGGCGAGAGACUGGAUUUUGAUGACAUUCACCGCAAGCGCAUGGAGAAGGACCUGAACGAGCUGCAGGCCCUCAUCGAAGCCCACUUUGAGAGCAGGAAGAAGGAGGAAGAGGAGCUCCUGUCCCUCAAGGACAGGAUUGAGCAGCGGCGAGCGGAGCGGGCGGAGCAGCAGCGGAUCCGCAGCGAGCGCGAGAAGGAGCGCCAGGCCCGCAUGGCCGAAGAAAGAGCUCGCAAGGAGGAAGAGGAGGCGCGGAAGAGGGCGGAGGAGGAGGAGCGGAAGAAGAAGGCAUUUUCCAACAUGCUGCACUUUGGGGGUUACAUGCAGAAGUCAGAGAAAAAAGGUGGGAAGAAGCAAACAGAGCGGGAAAAGAAGAAGAAGAUCCUCAGUGAACGACGGAAGCCCCUGAACAUCGACCACCUCAGCGAGGACAAGCUGAGGGACAAGGCCAAGGAGCUGUGGCAGAACAUCCAUGACCUGGAGGCUGAGAAAUUUGACCUGCAGGAGAAGUUCAAGCGGCAGAAAUACGAGAUCAAUGUUCUUCGAAACCGCAUCAGUGACCACCAGAAAGUAUCCAAGGGUGCCCGUGGGAAGACCAUGGUGGGCAGCCGAUGGAAGUAGAGGCUCAGGAAGAGAGGAGGCCGAGCCUCAGGAGCUGCAGUGGCUGCACAGAGCCCUGGCUGCAGGAAUGGGGGUUCCAGGGGCCAGAGGCCUCAUGAGUGUCCCAUCUCCACCCCCCAGUGUUGUUGUGUCUGUAAAUAAAGAGGUG